AAAACAUGUGGAUUUCUUAUCUUGUCUUGCUGACCGUUGUGGCAGUUCAAGCAGCUGCAGGUAAACGACAACAGGUCAUAAAAGGACUAUUUCCUGAAGGUCAGAAUACAGUGGCCAGAAGCAUCUUCAGCCAGGAUUCCCAAAUACAACUUUCGGGAAAUGGAAUAAUCAGGAAAAACGGUCAGGCUUCUUUAACAAUACAAGUUGAGAUAGGGCCAGCAGGAGGACAAGAGGGCGGGGCAGGGGCUGGGGAAUUUCCACCAGCUGAGGUAAGACCUCCAGGAAUUGGAGCAAGAAGACCAGGGGGUGAUAUAAGACGUCCGGGAGCAGCAGCAAGACGUCCGGGGGCCGGAGGAAGACGUCCAGGAUUCGGAGGAAGACGUCCUGGAACCGGAGGUAGACGCCCUGGAGCCGAAGCAGGAGGUCCAGGAGCAGAAGAAGAAGGUCCGGUAGCGGGAACAGAGGGUCCAGGAGAAGAAGGACCGGGGCCUGGAAUCGGGGGUCCAGAGACUGGAGGUGAGAGUAUUACAUUCUUCAUUGUUUUUUGGGCAUUUACCAACUGUCAGAAUACAGUGGCCAGAAGCAUCUUCAGCCAGGAUUCCCAAAUACAACUUUCGGGAAAUGGAAUAAUCAGGAAAAACGGUCAGGCUUCUUUAACAAUACAAGUUGAGAUAGGGCCAGCAGGAGGACAAGAGGGCGGGGCAGGGGCUGGGGAAUUUCCACCAGCUGAGGUAAGACCUCCAGGAAUUGGAGCAAGAAGACCAGGGGGUGAUAUAAGACGUCCGGGAGCAGCAGCAAGACGUCCGGGGGCCGGAGGAAGACGUCCAGGAUUCGGAGGAAGACGUCCAGGAUUCGGAGGAAGACGUCCAGGAUUCGGAGGAAGACGUCCAGGAUUCGGAGGAAGACGUCCAGGAUUCGGAGGAAGACGUCCAGGAUUCGGAGGAAGACGUCCAGGAUUCGGAGGAAGACGUCCAGGAUUCGGAGGAAGACGUCCAGGAUUCGGAGGAAGACGUCCAGGAUUCGGAGGAAGACGCCCUGGAACCGGAGGUAGACGCCCUGGAGCCGGAGCAGGAGGUCCGGGAGUAGAAGAAGAAGGUCCAGGAGCAGAAGAGGAAGGUCCGGGAGCGGGAACAGAGGGUCCAGGAGAAGAAGGACCGGGGGCUGGAAUCGGGGGUCCAGAGACUGGAGGUGAGAGUAUUACAUUCUUCAUUGUUCUUUGGGCAUUUAUCAACUGAUUCAUGCUUUAGUAUCCACCAUCGAGUUAUGAUUCAAGCGGAAAGUGUGUGGAGCAAGACAGAAGUUGCUGGAAGCGCAGUUAAGAGCAACUCUAUUUGCUUGAGUAUUCUCCAAACUUCUAUAAGUUUGCAUCAUUACGCACGACCGGUUUUUCUGACGGACACUCGCAAAAGUAUUGUGUGUCCUCAACCAAUCAGGAACGCGAACAAUAAAAUGUCACUGGGAAAAAAUCACUACUCCCUCAAGAAGUGAACGAUCACAUUUAACUAGUGAUGAAUUGACGUACAAGGUUAACGGGACUAUUCACAACUCGUGAAUAAAUAUCUUACGCAUGCAUUUUC